AUGGAGCGCAAAUUACAGAAGUUUCAAAACGCACUCCAUAAGGUUGCUCAACAGGCAUUGUCUACGGAAGAUGUCCAGCAACUUGAUUUGGACACGGAUGACGACGACGAAGUCGGCCCACUAGCAGUUGGCCAGGCAUGCACCGUAACACUCCCUGAGAACGAUCUACCAGAUGCUCCUCCCUCAUCUAGCAACCCUGCAAGUCACUGCGAGGUAGUGAUGGACCUUGAAUCUGGACCCAGUGCUAUUCCAGGUUUCUUCAUCUCACAAACACCGCCUGGGCAACCGAGACGCAGCAGAGGAGAUAUGAUUGACCGUGGUAUAGUCCACCUCGAAGAUGCAAGGAGGUACUUUGAGUACUAUCGAGAUAGGCUCGACCAUUUUCCUUACAGAAUCCUGGGCAACCACAGCGAGUCGACCCUGGAGGAUGUACGAGCAGCAUCGCCAUUCUUAAUGGCCGCUGCUUGCACAGUCGGCGCUCUCCACAUUACAGGUAGUGAGUUCGACGCGUUGUACAACGACUUUGUCACGCUGAGUGCGAAGUACAACUUCUCGAAACGCAACACUCUUGACGACGUCCGUGCUCUCUGUAUCGGCGCCUUUUGGUUAGGAGACAUCUCGUGGAUGCUUGUUGGCACGGCAGUGCGUAUCGCGACCGAGAUCGGUCUUCACAAGAGCAUGGGGAAGGCGCUACAAGGCGAUAAGUCACACUACUUUCGUGCACGGCUGUAUCUCCUUGUCUAUGCAUGCGAUCACCACUUCUCUGUUGCGUUUGGUCGACCUCCCUUGACCAGGGAAUGCGCCAUGAUCAAGAGUGCCAGAACGUUUCUUGAGUGCGAGCACGCCAUCGAGGAUGAUGCCCGACUAGUCAGCCAGGUUCUGCGAUGGAGCCUUUGUUCCAAUAUCUUCGACGCCUUUGGGGUCGACGUGGACAAGCCUCUUGCAGACACGGAAGUACCCCAACUCAGACGGUUCAGCAUCGCCCUCGAUACUCUUCGAGCCGAGUGGGCUGAACGCUUCAAGCCGAAUGCUCACGUCGGAAACUAUCCCCGCAAGGGCGUGGCGCUCCAGUACCACUUUGCGAAACUCUACCUCUGCUCCCAUGCGUUUCGGGGCGUCGGCGCCGAGGGCAUGGCGUCGCGGGCCCCGGACAUCGCGAUGGAAUUGACCGAGUUUGCAAACUCGGCCAUCCUGUCAGCCCUCGCGAUCCUGAAGAACGUCGUAGCGGACCCAGAAACGCAGUCGCACCUCAACGGCCUGCCGAUAUACUUUGACACCAUGAUCGGCUUCGCAGUCGUGUUUCUCGUCAAGGUGUCGACCAAGUUCUCUGCAACCGUGCGGCCAAAUACCGAAGAGAUCAAGGAGCUCCUGACAUCACUCGUGCCCAUACUUCACAAGGUGGCCUCUUCCAUGCAUCAGCAGCACCUCCUUGUCAGCAUCAGCAAUAAUAUAGAAAAACUAGUGCAGCGGUUCUGCGCAGACAAUGCCGGUCCGGCGCCGUCCUCGCCGCCUCGGGUUAGGUCCACCGAGCAUCAAUUUUCCCAACAAGCAUCGCCGUAUCUGCAGGUUACCCAUACGCAAAGUGUUUGGGAUACAGCCUGGGAUGCACAUUCAGGAAUUGAUCCGCUAUUCAUGGGAGAAUAUGACUUCUUGAUGAAUCAGAAUAUGGACUUUGACCUGGAUGAUGGUUCGGGGAUGAAAUUCGUAUAG